UCUUUAAUUAUUCCCCUCUCCCCCAGUCUCCUCCCCUCUGGAGCACUUUAAACUCUUCCCCAACCAGCACCACCCCCUUCAGUGUUUUCCAUGAAGUCACUGAGAAGAGUCCAGGCCAAUGAGUGAGAAGGGAGAGAUACUGCAUUCCUGGGUCCCAGAAAAGCUGUAAGGAUUGAAGAAUCCAGAUCCCUGGGUUCUAGGAGAUAAAAGCAGAUAGGGUGCAGAGCUGGGACCCUCAAAGACAUAAGGACUCUGUGAGAAAGAAUGAGGGAGUUUUCAUGCCGACAGGGCCCUCUGCUGCUACUGCUUUUGCUGGGAGCUGCAGAAACACAGAUGUUUCCAGGCUGUGGGCAGCCCCGGAUGUCUGGCCGCAUCGUGGGCGGGAGGGAUGCCCGGGAGGGGGAGUGGCCAUGGCAAGCCAGCCUGCAGUACCGCUGGGCCCACGUGUGCGGGGCCUCGCUCAUCUCUCGCCAGUGGGUGCUAACCGCAGCUCACUGCUUCUCAAGACCAGUGAGGCUGUCAGAGUACACAAUACGCCUCGGGGAGUUGCGCCUGGCUAGGCCCUCACCUCAAGCCCUCUCUCUGCAUCUGUUGCGAGUUGUGCUCAAUGCCAACUUCACGGAAGACGGGGCCCAGGGAGACAUCGCACUUAUUCAGCUCCUCCGACCAGUCCCAUUCAGUGCCCAUAUCCUGCCAGUCUGCCUCCCUGGACCUGGAAGCCCACCACCCCCAGGCACCCCGUGCUGGGUCACUGGCUGGGGCAGCCUCCGGUCCGGAGUGUCACUGCCUGGCUCCAGGCCCCUGCAGGGAGUCCAGGUCCCACUGAUAGACAGACGUACCUGUGACCGGCUUUACCACGUGGAUUCCGACACCUCCCUCACCGAGCCUAUAGUCUUGCCUGGCACCCUAUGUGCAGGUUAUGCCAGAGGCAGCAAGGAUGCCUGCCAGGGAGAUUCUGGGGGACCCCUGGUGUGUAUCCAGUCUGGUCGAUGGGUCCUUGAAGGUGUGGUGAGUUGGGGCAAGGGAUGUGCUUUACCCAACCGCCCAGGUGUCUACACCAGUGUGGCCUACUACUGGCCCUGGAUCCAGGCCCACUUGGGCACUUCAGCCCUGCAGGUCCACCACCAUGUGCCCGGUCAUCCCCAACCCCACCAGUUCUUGCACUUUUUCCUUCCUAAUUUCUAAAAACGGUCAACUCAGCUCAGCGUGUCAGUUAAGUGAAAUAGGGAGGGAAGAGAGACUAUCUGCCACAGAAAAUGGGACGAUGGCUCUUUCAGGAAGUAAUAGUGACUAAUGUCUGGAUCCUUCCCCCACUUUCCUGACCACCUCAAGGGGCCAACUGAUCUUAGGAUCCUCCUCCCACUUCUAGAAUUGCUCCUUUUACCUAGUUCUGUCCCUGGGAAAUUCAGAGCUAAUAAGUAAUUUUAACCUAAGGUGCCUAAUAAAGUUGAAUAGACUCCUAAACUGUAAUUUUGAGUGUCAUGAACUCUUCCACUACUCAUUUUCCCUUUCUUCA